CCAGGCAAACACUGGUGAGACCGAGCCCAGGGAGAAGACAGUGAGCGGGGACAAGCACAGCACUGCUGGGCCCAGAGGAAGGAAGCUUUUCAACCUCUGAACCUAGCUGCAUAGCAGCACUCGCAUUCCCCAUGGGAGAGACUUCUUGUGCAGUCCCAAUGGGUUUUGAGGCACUUCUGGACCAUGUUGGAGCCCGGGGAAGAUUCCAGAUUCUGCAGCUGGUUUUCUUUUAUAUCAUUAUCAUGAUAUCAUAUCCUCAUGUUCUACUGGAGAACUUCACGGCAGCCACCCCUGAGCACCGCUGCUGGGUGCAUGUCCUCGACAACCACACUGUCGCUCACAACCACAUGGCCACCCAUAGCCAGCAGGACCUCCUGAGAAUCUCCAUCCCCCUAGACUCAAACCUCAGGCCAGAGAAAUGCCGCCGCUUUGUCCAGCCCCAGUGGCAGCUGCUCCACCUGAACAAGACCUUGUGGAACGCCAGUGAGGCAGACACAGAGCCCUGUGUGGAAGGCUGGGUUUAUGACAAAAGCUCCUUCCCUUCCACCAUCGUGACAGAGUGGGACCUAGUCUGUGAGCACCAGUCAUCCAAAUCCAUAGUCCAAGUAGUGUUCAUGACUGGGUCACUGCUGGGAAGUCUGAUAUUUGGCUGUCUUUCAGACAGGUUUGGGCGGAAGACAAUCCUCACGUGGUGUUUACUCCAAACGGCCAUCAGCGAUACCUGUGCAGCCUUUGCUCCCACCUUCUUUGUGUACUGUUCCCUGCGCUUCUUAGCUGGGUUAUCUACCAUGACUGUGUUGUCGAACCCUUUUAAUCUCAUUACAGAGUGGACAAGACCUCAAUUCCAAGUUUUGAUAGCAUUGAUGACUUCCUACAGCACUGCGCAGGUGCUCCUGGGAGGCCUGGCUUAUUUCUUUCGCAGCUGGGUCACACUGCAGCUGGUAUUAUCCAUACCCAUGUUGGUCUUCUGUGUGUUCUCAAGGAUGGCGGUGGAAUCUGCUAGGUGGCUGAUUUUUAGCAAUCAAAUAGAAAAAGGCUUAGAGGAACUUAGGAGAGUUGCUCAUAUAAAUGGAAAGAAGAAUGCUGGAGAGACCCUGACCAUUGAGUUUGUGAAAUCCAGCCUGCAAGAGGAGUUUGAUGAAGCCCAGAAGAAAACAUCCGUUUUUCAAUUGCUCCAUGCACCCAAGCUGUGUAUGAUAACCUGCAACCUGAGCUUUAUCAGAAUGACACUAGCCAUAGCCUUCUAUGGCCUGGUACUCAACCUGCAGCACCUGGGGAGCAAUAUCUUCUUCUUCCAGAUUCUCUUUGGCCUCGUAACUUUUAUCAGCAGAUUCGUUGCCUACUUGGCAUUGAAUUAUCUGGGCCGUCGGGGAAGUCAGAUACUGUUCAUGUUCCUGGCAGGACUUUCCAUUCUGGUCAACACCUUCUUAUCUCUAGAAAUGCAGCAGACCCUGCGCCUGAUUUUAGCAACUUUGGGAAUCAGUGCUGUUACUGCUGGCAUCACAGCGUUUUCAGUUCAUGGCACUGAACUCACCCCGACUGUCAUGAGGUCCACAAUUGGAGGAAUUGGUGCAAUUUUCAGCAGAUCAGGGGCAGUGAUGGCACCGCUCUUCAUGACCUUAGCGGUAUAUUCUCCCCAUCUGCCUUGGAUUCUCUACGGAGCCUUCCCCAUCCUUUCUGCCAUUGCUGUCUUCUACCUUCCAGAAACCAGCAAUCAGCCUCUUCCUAACACUAUCCAGGAUGUGGAAAAUCAAACAAGUAGUUCAAGAAAAGUCAAGAAGGAAGAUACCUCCAUGAAAAUAACACAGUUUUAAGGAAUUCCUGGGUGUUGAUCCAAAGAACACCAGAAUAAAGAUUUGUCUCAUGCCAGUAGGGUUGAAAUGAUCAAGAACAACCAAUGCAGAUGAGAAUGGAGGAAGGAGAGAAACUCUCCUAUACUAUUAGUGGGAUUGUAAACUAGUGCAAUCACUAUGAAAAUCAAUGCAGAGAUUGCUCACCAAACCAAAACUAGAUGUUAUGAACAUGCCCUACGACUCUUCCUCAUACUCAAGGAACUGAAAAACAGGACACGAGAUACCUGCAUAUUCAUGUUGAUUGCAGCCAGGUCUGCAAUCAGCUGAGGUGCCCAAGGAACAAUGGAUAGAUUAGGUGAUAUGGUACAAACACACCAUGGCAUAUCGCUCAGUCAUAAAGGAAAAUGAAGUUGUGGCAUUGCAGGAAAAUGGAUGGUUCUGUAGAGACCAGCAUGGUGAGUGAGACAAGCUUACAAAUCCAAAUAUUGUAUUUUUUGCUCACUGUGGAAUAUAGGUAUGAAAAUAUAUACAUGUAUAUAUAUAUGUGGAUAGAUUGAGAUACAGAGAGAGAU